UGGUAGUCUUUAGUUUAACCAAAAUGACCGUCGCGUUUGUGUACGGCCUGAUUUCGUUUACAGUUUAUAAUUAUUUAUAGUGUUUUUUGUAACUAAUUUGCAGAAGUAAUACCUAAAAUAAUUUUCAUUAUUGUAGAGUGUAUACAAAUAUUUUAUAAUUGUUCGAAUAAUUAUGAAAAUUAUUCACGUGGUUAACUUUGUAGUGAAGAUAUUAUAGUUGAGUCGUACAAAUUGAAUAAUCAUGGAAGUAUCAAAAAAUAACGAUACUCCUACCUCAGAUGACGUGUCUCAAGUUUGUCCUGGUAUCAUAAAACUAAGAGACUCAGAUACUCCUGAUAGUAAUAAAGGAUUACAAGAACAUGAUUCUGCAACUGAUAGUCCUAAAAUUACGAAGCCGGUUUUAGGAAAAGCACAAGCUAAAAAGAGAUUAAUGGCUUUUGCAAAUAAUUUUAGAGUAUCUCCUGUGUUGAAACUUAAAGAUAAGGACGCCAAUGUUAGUAAGAAUCAAACGAUGAAUAUUUUUGCAUCAAGUAAAAAAUCUAGCAAUGUAAAAGAUUUAAUGGAAGAAGUAAAAGAUGCACGAAAUCGAAUAGAAAAUGAAAUUGACUUCCAAGAACUGUUAAGUAAUGCUAGUUCCGAAAAGAAAAAUUAUAAAAAACAUAAGAAAAAGUCAGAACCAAAAAUAUCAGCCAUAGAAGAAAUUAUUCGUGAAGAAUCCAAGCAAAAAAUGUUAUUGGCAAACAUUCCCGAUAGAAUAACAUUAGAAAAUUCUGAAAAAAGUGAAAGAGAUGAUCGUGAUAGAAAUUAUGGUAGAUAUUCACAAUGGGAUAGAAAAAGAUUUCGUCGCUCAAGUAGCCGGGGCAGAGGCGAUCGCAGACGACGUAAUAAUAGACGAAGAGAGCGAUCUAGGAGUCGUGAUAAAAGAGAAGGAAGCCAAAAUAGUGAUAAAAGAAAAAGUGCUUCACCAGAGACUGAUCAAAAAAAUAAAAUAAAAUUAGAUAAGUCAGACAAGUCAUCUAAAAAAAAUGAUAAACCUCGUGAGAAAAGAAAAAAUGAUAGUCGAAAAGAUGAUUACAAGAAAGAUAAAAAAAAUGAAGAAAAUCAUCUUCUGAAUAAUUGUGAAUCUUGGAAAACUUUUAAAUCUCACGGUAGACAAAUAAGAGAAAGAUCAUUAUCUGAUAAUUAUGAAGAUGCAAGUACAGAUGUUAAAUUUAAAACUGCUGAAGAAUAUAAUGGACAUUUAGAGCAAAUGUUAAUGCUCGGAUCAAAUCGGUUAGAAAGAUCCUAUGCUGUUGCUGAUGGUAAAAAUGAUGACAGAAAAGUUUAUCCACCAGAAUCCAUACGAGUGACUAAAUGUAAAGGAUCUUCUAUUUUUUAUAGUGAAAAUCCAGAUAUUUCUCUAUUUUUUUCGAAAAAACAACUUUUUCAGUUACUUCCUGCCGAUCGUUGCAAUUUGCUCAAAAAAAUUAUUGAUUCUACAAAAGAAGUAAAAGUAGAAGAAAAAAACGAAAAAAUAAGUGAACGUACAUGGCUUAAAAAAUGGGAUGAAUCAAUCAAUAAAAUUGAAAAACUACAUCAUAAUGAAACGUCAUUCAAUAAACAGGACACCAAUAUAUUACCGAAAUCCAAAUGGGAUAGUGAAGAGUCAAUAGAAAUACCGAAAGAUAGUACACCUAGUAAUUCACCAGAAAAUAAAAAUGAAACUGAAUCAGCAGAUGAUACUUCAGUAGCAGCCGAAAGUAAAGAAAGUAAAUCAGAAGAACAAAUGGAAGUAACAUCAAUUCCUUUGGUAUCUGCUUUUGUUCCGAAGGUUGAAAAUGUAAGUAACAGUCCUAGAAAUGAUGAGAAAACAGUUGAGGAUAUUCCAAAAAUGGUUGAAACAACAGCUGAUAUAAAUUCGCCUAAAAUUGGAGAAAAUCUUAUUUCAGAGUACGAACAAUUUAUAAAAAUUGUGAAUAAUGAUAGUGAAGAAUUAAAAAAUUCAAAAGAUAAAUACUCAGGAGCAGAGUUUAAUGAUAUUAAACAAGUAGAUGACAAAAGUGUUGAAGAAAAUAGCAAUAAAUCAGUUGGUAUAAUUAAUGAUAAAGAAAUAACUGAAAUUCCAUUGAAAAUGAAGAGCAAUAAAGAAGAUAAAGCUUGUAAUAGUAAGAAAAGUGAUGGUGACGAACACAUAAUUACUAAAAAUUCGAAAAAUGUCAUAGAAAAAUUGAAUACGAGUGAUUGGGAAAACGAAGCAAAAAAAGAUGAAAAAGAAGAUGAUUAUAUAAAAGACAAUAAGAGAAUAGAACGCAAGAAAAUAAAAACUAAAAAAAAAGUAUCAUCUAGUGAAAGUAGUAGUUCAUCUUCUUCAAGUUCAUCCGAUUCUGAAUCACAAGAAACUAAAAAAAAACGAAGAAGAAAGAGUAAGAAAAGAGCAUCAAGUUCUGAUAGUUCUAGCAGUGAAAGUGAAGAAAGUAGUGAUGACACAGAACGUGAUAGAAAGAAAAGAAGAAGAAGAAGUAAACGGAGAAAGAAUAGAAAAAAAUCUAGAGCGAAAAAGAAAAGAAUCAAAGUGGAAGAUACUGAAUCAAACUCGAGUGAUUCUGACGAGGAACAUGUCGUAAGAAAGAAAAAACAAAAAAGAGAUUCUAGUAAAUAUCGAAAAACAAUCAAACGACGAUCAAAGUCUGCUGAUAAUAAGAAAGUACAAAAAACAAAAAAAGAAGAAAAAAUGAUAUUGUUGGAUGAUGAAACUCUUAAUGAAUCUGAUUUGGAAAAUUUGAAGAAAAAAAUAGUAUUAGAGGCGGAAAGUAUUGAUAAACAGUGGCCAAAAGAUGAUCCAUUGAAUUCUGAAGAACCUGAAGAAACAGCCAAAUUUGAAAUUGUAAAAAAUGAACAAAAAUUAAAUGAUGUUGAAAAAAGCGAAACUACUGAUGCAAAAAAUACUGUUAAAGAUAGUAAAUCUAUUCAACCAUCAUCAGGUGAUAAAGAAGUAGAGAAAAAUACUGAUAGUGAAGCCACCAAUGAUCAUCUCAGUGAAAAAGCGGCCCAUAGUGAUAACUCUAAAAGUAAAAAAUUGAGAAAAAUGAAAAAUAGACGUCGAAAUAGUAGUACAAGCAGUUCCUCAAGUGUCAGUAGCUCUUCAUCUUCAUCAUCAAGUUCAGAAACAAAAAGUCAAAGCAGUAAAAAACAAACUAAAGAACGAUCAAAACGAAAAUCUCCAGAUUUAUCAUCAAAAUUAAUUAAAAAAUUCAGAAAGUAUCAUUCCAAGUUAGCAACAUCAUUAGAUUUCGAUGCUUUAAAUUUUCCAUCAUUAACUCAGCUUGAACAAAAAAUUAGUAAAAAUCGUAACACAAUAGAUGACUGGGAAGUUGAUAGUCAGGAUGAAACAAACGAAUUUAUUGAAAAAUUAAAAGAAAAGGCAUUGAAAAAAGAAAAAAAGAUUGAACAAGAGGUUAGAUAUGACAGUAAAACUGAUACUUAUAUUGCUGUAGAGAAAAAAAGUCAACGUGAAAACAAAAAGAAGCAAACUGGACCUGUAUGUGCUUUGAGAAUUUGGGAAGAUGAGGAAGAAGAAGGUGAACGAGAAGCAAUGAUGUUAAUGAAACAGAAAAUCGAAACUGAUUCGAAAUUAAAACUAUGGGAAUCAAAUACUACCGAAAAUCCUGUUGAAGAGAAUAAAAUCAUAAUAUCAGAAGAACCAAAACCCGUUGAAUCGCCGAUAGUUCUUGAAGAAAAAGAAGAGAAUAAAGGUGGAUGGGUAGAAAUCAUUCCUGAAGGUGGUAUUAAGCCCACUGAAGUAGUGUCUAAUUCAGAAAGAAAGAAACCUUCAAGAUGGUCUGAUCGAAGUCCAAACUUAAAAGACGUUUCUGAAGAAAAUUUAGUACCAGUGAAUUGGGAAGAAGAAGAAGUCGUAGAUUGGGUUAGAACGUCACCAGAAAUAAAAAAUAAAUCAUUUUCUUUGAAAAGGUCGAGAGAUUCAAGUGAUAGCAGUAGUGAUAGCUCUGAUAGUAGCAGUAGCAGUGAUAGCAGUGAUAGUGAAGAAGAAUCGUCACCAAUACGUCCAGAGUUAUCGAAAAAGUUAGAACUUCGUGAUGAAAACUCUCAUUCAAGCAGUAGAUCUGGAUCGAAAGAUCUGUACCUGAAGAGUGGUUUAGAAGAACCUUAUGUUGAAACUGAAGCUAUGAAAAAAUUACGCAUGAAUAUAUUUGCUGAUUUUGUUGCUAAAGAUUCACGAGAUGGAUUUUCAGAACAGCUUGAUUCAAGAGGGUCUUCAGAAAUACCUCUAUUGGUGUCAAGAAUUUCAAGCCGUCCAUUAUCUUCACCUCUCAAUGACAAUUCAUGCUUUGCUCCUAAGCCACAUGAAAUUGAUAGUACUGCUGAAAGAGAAGCAAUUCGACGAGGCUUCCGUGAUUUUACUCCGAGAUCUGAUUCGAGAUCUUCGUCUCAUGAUUCAAGACGUAGACUAUCACCAAAAAGAGAUAAAGAAAGGCCAAUAAUUCGUAACAGUGAAGAAAAGGGAAGUAAUUGUAGUUAUCGAAGUGAAAGUAGAUGUUCAUUAAGAGAUUCUUCUAGAGAUCGAGGAAGAAAAGAUGAUAGAAGUUUGCGAGGACAUUCUCCUGAAGUUGAACGUAAAUACAGUCCUUUUAAUGAACGUGAUUUUAGAGAAAAACGGCGUUCCCCAAUUUCUUGGGAUAGAGCUCGUAGCCGAAGUUGGAGUCGAAGUCGUAGUAGAAGCCCCUAUAGAAGAGACGAUCGAUCUUGGGACCGAUACAAACAAUCUAAUUAUACUGAUGAUCGAAGAGAAAGAUUUUCUUCAAGGAGUCCACUACGAGAACGAUCACCAUUCAGACGAGAUCGUGGAAGAAGAAGUCCUGAAAAAGAUAAAAUCCGAGAGCGAAGCCGUGAUAGAACUUGGAGUCGUGAUAGGAGUGUUGACCGGCCUUAUAAUCAUUUGGAAUCUGUUAGAAAUGAAUAUGAUAGAAGAAAGCGUGAAGAUGAUAUCGAAGAACAAAACCAUUGGAGAGACGAUAGAAGAAUGAGUAGAGAACCAUUGAAUGCUAUGUAUGUUAAUAGGCUUUCUCCUGAUGUUGAUUUUAAUGACAGACCGUAUCACAGAAAUAGUAGUUUAGAUAGAAAUAUUGACCGUGGUUCGCUAGAAACUGAUUUCGAUAAACCUCACUACAGAAGUAGAAGUAGAGAGAGAAAACCCCGUGAUUUCGAUUGGGAUCGAUCACGAGAAUCACCUGGAUUAGAUCAAUUUGACUCUAGAAGUAGAAAAUUAUCAGAAACAAGACCGAGAUCGAGGUUAUCUCCAAGACCACAUAGCCCAUUACGGCUUAAUCGUCGAUGCCGUUCGCGAUCCCCAUCUUGGAGUAGAUCUAGGACUUAUUCAAGAUCACGUUCUCGAUCAGUCAGUCGAAAUAGAUCAAGGUCUAGGUCAAGAUCAAGAUCAAGGUCACGAUCAUCAUCGAGAUCAAGAUUAAGGGUAAAUACUUCAGAACGUUCUUCGAGAUUCCGACGCUCGAGAUCCCUUUCUCCACAAAGAUUUUCAAGAAUCGAUGAUGAUAGAUUUAGAAGAAGUAUCAGUCAAGAACGUGGUAGACGUAUUGAAACGAUCAUUCAUCCUUCAGGAAUCAAGUCGACACCUCUUGAAGAGCCUUCAAACAUUUCGGAAUCAUCUGAAGUUAAUUUGCCUCCAACAGCAGCUCCAUAUGAAUAUCCUUACUAUCAAGGAAAUAAUCUUACCUAUCCACCGCGUUUAGAUAACGCUAAUCCUCCAUCAGGAUCACCAAAACGUCUUUCUCUUGAUGAUAGAUUAGAAUUAGAGCUUGGAAUUAAAAAAGCUCAUGAACCAUCACCUGUGCCACUUCCUUACAAUCAUCCAAAGUAUACUCAACCAGUGUUACAAUAUCCUGGCAUGCCAAGUGCUCCAAGAGGUAUAAUACCUCAAGCAUUAGGUUCUUCAGAGUCAAUGCAACAAAUUGGUGGUCCACCUCGACCAAAUUUUCAUUGUCCAAGUGGUAGUUCUAUCAUUCCUCCAAGCUCUCUUGUACCACCUACAUUUAAUCGUCAACAUGCCUCUGUUGUACAAGUAGGAAAUGUUCUUCAAGUGGUUCCCGGUGACUUUGGUGGUCCACUUCCUUCAACUACAGUCAGAAAUGUAAUACCAAAUCCAUCAUUACCUGGUACAUCGUCGAAUGCUGAAAAUCCUAAUCGAGUAGUUCGUGUAGGAAAUGUUUUACAAGUUGUUCCAACUACAACAUUGGAUUGGAGUGGUAGAUCACCGUUACAAACAGGACCUAUUUUAGCUAACUCAAUGCAUAUGGGAGUACGCCCAUCCGUGCCUCUAGCUCCAUUUUCUACUACUUCUGUUUUACAUCCCAAUUCACAUCCGAUUCCUACUGUUUCUAGUACAGUUCCUAUUAGGCCGCAGAAUAAACCUACAUCUACACCAGCAUUACCCAUUACUGCUCUCCCUAAACUUGAACCUCCUAAAGCACCGCCAGUAAUACAACCUGUUUACAAUUAUGAAGCUAUUAUGGAAGCAAAACGUAAGGAAAAAGAAGAACGCAGGCGAUUAAGGGCAGAGAAAAGGCUUGAGAAAAAACAGAAAAAGUUAGAAAGGUUAAAGCGUCGAGCUAAACGUAUGCAGAUGAAAGCUGAAGCAAAACCUGAAGGUGUGGAAACAGAAGUAACUGGUGAAGAUGAAAUAGAAUCAUCUAUUUCAGUUCAAGAGCCUAAACCUGGUACUAGUGAAGAUUCAAAUGAUCAAAUUAUUGAACAGCCAGAACAAACUACUCUUCCUGGAGGUGAAGAUGAAUACGAUGAAGAGGGUGAUAUAGAGGAAGAUGAAGAUGAUAUGGAAUUUGUAAAUGAAGAAGAGGUUGAAGACGACAUAUCUAAAGCAAUGAGUUCAAUAAGCCAACAAGUUGAUGCUGAUAUUAUUAAAUUAGCAGAAAAUCCGGAUGCUGAAACAGUAAUAAGUGGUUUUAAGACUGCAGUUCCUUUACCUUCACCACCUAAGAAGGGUAUUUUAGUUCCUCCAGGAUAUUGGGAAGAGAAAUUUCCACAUGAUGGUUCUGAAAAAAUAAUGAACAAUGCAGAAGUCAAUGAAAAUGACGAGUUAAAUCUUAACGAAAAUCAAUUGGCUGCAGAGCAGAAAGAUAAUGAUGAAGGAAAUGAUGAAAAUGAUAAAGAUACAAAGUUGAAAACGCCAAGACAACGUAGAGCUCGUAAAUCUGUACAAUUCGCCGAUGGAGUAAGACCUGGCGAAGGAACAAGUCCUAGUGGUUGCGAAGGAGACUUACCAUCUCCUCCACCACCAGUUCCUAUUUCAGCAAAUGAUCCUAUGCAUGAACAAAUUAAAAGAUCAAGAAUUCGGAAGAAUCGUAAAAAGGCUAAACGUAUCAAACCAAUGAAGAUAAAAAAGAAAGUCAAGGUAAAAAUAAUAAAAUUGAAAAAGCCAAAAGUAACACCAUUACAAGCUAUGAUGAUGGGUGAUUCAGAUGAAGCGGAUGAUCGUUCACCACCACCGCCACCACCUGGGUCUCCACCGCCUCCUCAUUUGUGGCCAAGUUAUCUUGCUGCUUACAGUGCAACUCUACGUCCUGCUGAUACUGUAUCACCCAGUGGAAAUCAAGCACCACCUCCACCUACUCCUUUACCAUUACUUGUUCCUCCACCACCACUUAAUUAUACCAUUCAACCGUUGGGUAAAAUAUAACCCUGAAUAUCAAGCUAUGCUCUUCCGGAUACUGUGUAAAAUGUUCAUCUAAUAUAGAUCAUUGACAUUCUUCCUGAA